UUGCCAUUUUCCGUUUGACAGUAGUUCUGCUUGUGCUUGUAUUUAUAACGUGACCGAUUUUCGUUUCAUAUUCUUUUAUAAAUAUAAAUGUAUAGCCGUUUGCACGAAAUCAAAUUAAAACUAAAUGAAUUGCAGAAAACAACUAUAUAAAUAUUAAAGAAAUUUGGAAACCACAUCGAUUUUCCAAUGAUUCAAAGGCCUAACGCUCAAUGUGCAGUGCAUCUGGUGCAUCUAACCUAAAAAAUCAUACAACUCACUAGUUCGUUGCUGAAACUGUGUCAGUGGGCGUCGUGUUCGGCCCCUUGCCCUUGGCGUUAAAGGUGUCGGGUUGAGCGAUGAAGGAGCGUAAAUAUAGGGCAAUAAACAGUAUACACAUUGAACAGGCGUAGCAAAACAGAUAACGAAAACAAUACCCGGCGUUAUUGUCACGAAGUUAAAUAGUAAAGCACAAAACGUAAUAACGAAAUAAGUUCAAUUGUCCGUUUGAAUUUAGAAAAACUUUAGCUGGUGUUAAAAGUUGACGAGCACUCUCAGUCUUAUCGCGACACUUCAACCAAACGCAAGCGGAUAAAAAAGCAGUUGAAUUAAAGAAUCAAAAGUACAAGUGAUUUUAUUGCAUAGUGCAAUAAACAAUGCGGGCCUCAAGCGACUUACAAUCGCCUACCAGCGAAAUAGUGCUAUUAACGCCAGCUAGUGAAACGGCGCCGAGUGUUAGCAAAGACAACGGCGCAACUACGACGGUGGGCAAUGGCGAUAUGGGCGGCCAACGUGAAGGAUCCGCUGAAUCUAAUAGCAGCGCUGUGCGUAUGAAAAAACAAUUAGGCCUACUUGAGGGUGUCGCCAUCAUAUUGGGUAUUAUAUUUGGUUCUGGCAUUUUCAUAUCACCCAAAGGUGUGAUACGCGAAGUGGAAGCGGUGGGCACAUCGCUCGUCAUUUGGGUGCUAUGUGGCAUGCUGUCGAUGAUUGGCGCACUUUGUUAUGCUGAAUUGGGUACGGCAAUACCCAAGUCUGGCGGGGAUUAUGCGUAUAUACUAGAAGCGUACGGUUCGCUGCCAGCAUUCCUCUACCUUUGGGACGCAAUGAUGAUAUUUGUCCCUACAACGAACGCCAUUAUGGGCCUCACAUUUGCCUCCUACGUGCUUAAGCCGUUCUUCGACAAUGAAUGCAGCAUACCGCAAAGCGCACUACAACUGCUGGCCGCAGUCACCAUAUGCUUCCUUACCUACCUUAAUUCGUGUUACAUGAAAGUAACUACGAAAAUGCAAAAUAUAAUUAUGUUCACCAAAAUAGCUGCGUUGGUGUUAAUUAUCAUUGUGGGCGUGGCAUGGAUGUGUUUAGGCCACGUUGAAAACUUUGACCAGCCCUUCGAAAAUACACAGACUGAUCCGGGCAAGCUGUCCGUUGCAUUCUAUUCGGGCAUUUUCUCCUACGCUGGUUGGAAUUAUUUGAAUUUUAUGACAGAGGAACUACGUGACCCAUAUAAGAAUCUGCCGCGCGCUAUUUAUAUUUCAUUGCCGCUAGUGACGGCAAUUUAUGUGCUCGCGAACAUGGCCUACUUGGCGGUGUUGUCGCCAGCAGAAAUGAUUGCCUCCGAUGCGAUUGCAGUGUCCUUUGGUAGUCGUGUGCUCGGUCUAUGGUCUUUCAUUAUACCCAUUCUGGUGGCGAUUUCUGCUUUUGGUGGUCUUUCCGUACACAUAAUGACUUCAUCUCGAAUGUGCUUUGUGGGUGCGCGUAACGGUCAUAUGCCAGCGAUCUUGUCAAAUAUAAGUGUGAAGCAAUUUACGCCAGUGCCUUCGUUGGUGUUUUUGUGUAUUUUGUCGCUUAUAAUGCUGGUCGUAAGCGAUGUUUAUGUGCUCAUCACCUAUAGCAGCAUAGUGGAGUCGUUUUUCAUAAUGCUGUCAGUGUCGGCCGUACUAUAUUUCCGCUACACCCGCCCCAAUAUGGAGCGUCCAAUUAAGGUCUCACUCUGGAUACCUGCCCUCUUUGUGGUUAUUUGUGCCUUUCUCGUGGUCGUGCCUGUCUAUGUGGCACCCUAUGAAGUCGGUAUGGGUGUUCUGAUAACGGUGAUAGGUGUGCCAUUCUAUUACGUCGGUGUUGUGUGGAAGAAUAAGCCAAAGUGUUUACAGACUGCAAUUAACCAUUUGACAUACGUGUGCCAAAAAAUGUUUAUGUCAGCCAAAGAAGAGAAAUAUGAAUGAUUCAUUUGUUGUGUCAAAGCAAUAGCCAUCGUCAUUUAUUAGUACUAUUGGCUGUUAUCUUAUUUAUGAUUUUUUUUUUCCAUAGGAAUUAAUACUCAGUAAUCAUCCAACGUUUGUACAAUUGUUUGAAAUUCAGGUAUUGUAUUUGGUGCAUUGUCGUAUGUGUAUGUAUGUUAGGCGAUUAUGUUAUAAGUCAGAAAGUUGUAUUCCUAUUUAAAUAUACACACACACAUACAUACAAGUUAUUGUGCCACAAUCGAGGUACCACGCAUGCAGCGCAGAGAUGCUGAAUCAUUGCUAUUUACGAUUUUGAGGAGAUUGAAGCCACAAAAUAACGUUAAGCUUAAGAAAAAACUGAUUAAACCAAAGUUUCAAUGUAUUUAAUUAAUAAUGAAAUGCUGAAAAGUGUUCCUUGAAAUUUGUUCUAUUUUUCUCAAAGAAAAUUCAACUGAAAAAAAUGUUUUUAAAUAAUU